AUGAAGAAGUCGUCUGACGAUCUUUCGUCGGAAGAAGGAAACACCCAAUCCAAUCCAGAAGAAGUGACUCCCUCCGACGAUGAAGAAAUCAACUUGCUGGCCGUUGUGGCUGCCAGGAUUGAAGCUCACAGAACUGAGGAAGAGAUGCCGUCCUUCUUAGUGAAUAAUCAGAGGAAUGUGGCCACGUCCGAUCUGGUGUCGGAGGAAGGCGACACCCAAUCCAAUCCAAAAGAAGUGACCCCCUCGGACGAUGAAGAAAUCAACAUGCUGGACGUUGUGGCUGCGAGGAUUGAAGCUCACAGAACAGAGGAAAAGAUCUCGUCCUUCUUAAUGAAUAAUCAAAAGACCACAUCCAUUACCAAUGCUGACGACACGACAAACACGAUGAUACAAGAAGGAAAAGGCCAGCAGCAAAAGGAAGUGCAUUCUGCACAGCAAGGCUCCCAUGGAACUUGCAGUGGCAUGAAUGAGGCUGACAUGCUAAGGAUUGAUCGAAAGCUACAGCAGGGAUAUCAUGGACCUGGUCAUGAUAUGAAUGAGGCUGACAUGCUAAGGUUUGAUCAGAAGCUACAACAAGGAUAUCAUGGAACUGACAAUGACAUGCGGAUGUUGGACCAGAAGCUACAACAAGGGCACCUUGCCAAUGUUAACCCAACCAGCCAACCAUCACAAAGUGAGGCCACCGAGAACCCACGAACCCCUCCUCAACCAACCAUUGAAGAAUCACAAGACCUUGCGGAACCAGGAGCUUAUGCCUUUGCACCAAUACAGCCUGACCACAAUGAUGCUGAGAUAAUUACGGAAGAAACCAGGCAGGACAUUGGCCCACCGCCACAGGAGCAGGACAACUCAGGUUUGGCAGUUGCAAGAGAGGUGCAGGACGAUCCAGAAGAUCCAAGAAGCCUGCCACAAGCAGAAGAGUAUAAUGAGAAUAGAGAGUCCCAGAAAAGGACCGCACAAACCAAAGAGUCAAAUAAGCGGAUUGUAUUGUUUCUUGGAUACGGCAUCUGUCUGGUUGUUCUCGUUGUGCUACUUGUGGUCCUGUUGGGGAAAACUGAUGACGGAAAUGAUGCUUUGCCAGCCAUCGAACCUGUCGAACCCAACAAAGAAGAUGCCCCUAUGGACUCUAGCAUGCCGCCCAGUGCAUCUCCUAUCUUUGAACAGCUCCUGAGCUACUUCCCAAACUACACUAUCUGGGCAUUGGAGGUCCCAGAGUCUCCACAAUCCAAAGCAUUGGAUUGGCUAUUGGAUGAUCCAGAUUUAAUGGAAUAUGUUGAUCUGGAAUGGAGGGUGAAGCAGCGGUUUGCCCUGGUGACACUGUUUCACUCUACUGAUGGCUUCAACUGGACAAACUCUGAUAACUGGCUGAGUUAUAGCCACCACGAGUGUUUCUGGUAUGCAAGUGGAUCCAUUCCCUUUCCUCUCCCUGGGUCAGGUGACAACCAUUUCAGAGGGGAGUAUCAGAAUCCAUGUCAUCUACAAAUCAUUGAUACAAGCGCAACUGACACUAUGGAGGCAAUGAACUUGAUUGAGGACCCAGCUGAAGGUUCCUACAAACAGCUAUGGUUUCACAUGAACAGCUUGGAAGGCCAGCUGCCAGAAGAAAUCUACUGGCUGACAAAUUUAGAGACAAUGAGUCUCUUCGCCAAUAUGCUUGAUGGGCCCAUAUCCUCGCAGAUUGGUCAGUUGCAGGAUUUGGAAGCAGCAAUCUUCAGCUUCACUGAUGUCACGGGGACUCUCCCCACUGAGAUUGGGAUGUUGAGUGACACUCUUGCCUUCUUUCUCAGUGAGAAAACUCAGCUGACUGGGGCACUUCCUACUGAGAUUGGUAUGCUUUCCAAAGUGGACACGUUAUUGUUGGAGGCAAAUGACUUCUCAGGCACCAUUCCAAUAGAACUGUUCCAACUCACCAAUCUUCAGAUGAUUUACUUGGGUAGCAGCAGCCUGACUGGGACUUUGGCAUCCGACAUUGGCUUGCUUCAAGACCUUGAGUGGGCUGUGCUUUGGCAUAGCCUCUUGACAGGUACAUUGCCGACGGAAUUGGGUCUUCUCAAUUUGACCUCCGAUUUCUAUUUGAAUACAAAUCUUUUUCAAGGACCAAUUCCUUCUGAACUCGGAAUGCUGAAUUCAAAUCUUCAGCAGUUUCGUCUCAAUGACAAUCAAUUGGACUCUUCCAUACCAACUGAACUUGGUUUGAUGUCAUCUGUGAUCUCAGUAGAGCUAUAUAACAACAGUCUUUCAGGCCUAGUUCCAUCUGAGAUUGCAGCCCUGCCCCACCUCACUCACUUCCUGGUACAGGAGAACAGACUCACGGGCACAAUUCCACAGGAGUUCGUCAGCUUUCUCGAGACCAAUGGUACCUCCACCUUGAAAGUAUUCAAUUUCAGCAAAAAUUUUCGUGAGGAACAAGACGAUUCUUGCUGGGUUAAUGAAACCUUCCAACAGACGCCGUCUCUUUGCCAUCCCUUCACCACCUUUGCAUAUUAUUGCCUUUGUAAGUGCCGCUGUUGA